CUCCGCUGAACUACAGUUUGAGGAAAAACAAUGGCGGCGCGGUACGGAAGGAACCGAUCCUCCCUUUAACUGGACAGUUACACAGGCGGCAAAACGCAACUGCUUGAAUAUCGUCACUUAUUAGACGUUUUUAAUUAGUGCAAUAUGUUUUUCUACAACCAUAACCAGGAUACUCCGCUUGGUGGCGACCAAGAAGAUGUGUCAAAGACUUGUUUGUGUGCAGCUUUCUGGGAGGACACUGUGCAUUGUUGUGGUGCAGCCUACCGGAUAUAACCAUUAUUAACCAGUGGGAUUCUGUUUUUAUAAAAACAUUUUCUCUCCUUGAGCAUAACGUUAGUUGUGCAUUCUGGCGCAGUGUGUUUUGAUAUCGAGUGUGAACAAAAUGGAGGAUAAUAAGUCGUUAAGUGGACCUGUGCUUAGUGACUGAAGUGAACUGUUUUCGCUGUAUUUUGGUUGGACGGAGAGAAGCUUUACUUCUUAAAUAGGAGAGUAACGUUGGUCCCAUAUGUGGACAGUAAACACUGAGUGUUGUGCUAUGUGAAACGGGACACCUCACCUACCGCCACUAAAAGAAACCGAGCGUUAAAAGGAGGACCAGACACCACAAAAUGAGCGACCCGGGGGAUGCAGCAAGUGUCCCCGGCCCCUCCGCACUCAGCAGCGGGAGAGGGCUGAGUUUGACCCGGGGCAGAGGACUCCCGGGCCGGGUCCGGAGUCUGUCCUCUCCCGCUCCACCUGGAAGACUGACGUCCCUCAGAACCAGGGACCUGACGCUGGGGGGAGUCUUCAAAAAACCAAAGAAAACAUUUGAACCAAACGUCCACGCUGUGAGAAAGAGCAAAGAUGAGUUAAGGGAAGAGGUCUACGUGGCUCCAAAGAAGGAGAGAAGAGAGAGGAGAGAGAACAGAGGGAGGAGGAAAGAGAGGCCUCAGACCAUCCAGUCUCACUCCAUCUUUGAACAGGGUCCGGCCGACACUGUACGCAAAACAGGGUGGCGUGGUGCUACGGAGCUGCGGGACUCCACCACCUCUCCUGUGUGCAAACUGGCUAAGAAAGAGAGGAAAGACUCAGAGGAAGAUGAAGAUGAAAUACUCAGUAAACUACAGAGGGAUGAUUUCAUAGAUGAUCCAGGUCUGAGGAAUGACACCAAGCUGAAACCCAUCGAGCUGCCACUGUGUCAGUCCAGUAGCUUCAAUAAGAGUCAAACACUGUCAACCACCACCACAUGUCCAGAGAAGCCUCCUCUGUUCAGACGUCCGUCCUGUACAGUUCAGAGCAGAGCAGGCCACAGAGGAGCAGAGCUGCCCAAACCAGAGCAGCCGUCUGUGGUAGAACUGCUGCGGGAUCUCAGCCUCUCCGGCAGAGAGGAGCUCUUCUUCAUGCAGCUACCUGACAGCAUGCCCGGCAGAGCUUCUGGACAGAAGGCCGACCCCCCUCUGGGAUCUACAACAGAGAAACCUGCCAAGAAGGAAGGGGAGCCUCAAGACAAGAGGUCUGCACAGCUACAAGCACAAGAGGCUGCGGUGAAGGAAGGCUGUCCCGUGCUGUCAGAAUUCCCAGAAGGAUUUUUGGGAAAACUGCAGAUCAGGAAGUCUGGAAAGGUGGAGCUCAAGCUGGGUCACAUUGUCAUGGAUGUUUCUGAGGGAGCGGCAUUCUCCUUCCUGCAGCAACUGGUGUCUGUACGUCUGUCUGAUGGUCGCACCGGAGACAUGAUGGUGUUGGGAAACAUCCAACACAAACUGGUCUUAUCUCCUGACUUCCAGGCUUUACUGAGAGAAGCUGCAGCACAGCAGCAACAAGGACAAUGAUGCUCUCUCACCAGCUGCACAGAAAAGUGAACAUUUGUUUGAAUUGUAUAGGAUUCCUCAUCUGUUGAUUUGUUACCAACAGGUUACUGUGGAGGAAAUGACAGGUAAUAGGUCUUAAUGUAUAUUCUCCAUACCUCUGAAUUGAGGUUUUUAAGGCAGCUAUGUAGGUUACCCUCAGUAACAUGUUUUUAGCAUUUUUAUGCUAUAAUUUGUAGAUUUGUAAAUUUUGAACAUCUUGUGCGAGCAUGAUUCUGUUUUUUCCACUGAGUAACUAUUUUUAACUUCAAUGCUUUGAUGACUUGAUUUUCACAUGUUUUAGUGUAACAGACUUACACUAAA